AUGCCUUCCCGUGUCUUCAGCAACCCCUGCUUCUGGUUCGGCGUGAUCAUCAACCUGCUCCUUCUCUCGCUAGCCGUCUACACCGCCAAGUCAGGCAAGCCGUUCGCCGUCUGGGUCUCUCUGUUGGUCGCUUUCUUGUUGACCUUCCUCUUCGCUGUUACCAUCUCCCUCGCCCACGCCUCCCAGCCCACUCGCGGCCGCAGCGCUUACAUCGUGCCCAUGGGCGACAAGGAGAUUGAACUGUAUCACAUUGCCCGCUCGUUUCCCCCUAGCUUUGACGACGAGGACGUCGCUGGCCACGAAGCAUACCGUCAACUCCUUGCUACUCGCCCUCUACCUCCACCCCCAGUUGCCAGUCCCCCCAGACGUCGUGCAGCUUCCCCAACUCUGCUCUCGCCCCUGAGUGACCCAUUCAUUGAGAGAGGCGUUGCUUCUGAUCAUGCUGGUCCCGCGGCCGGAAAACGUCGUCAGACCAUCCGCGUUGUCCCUGCCUCUUCCGCCAAAUCCUUACGAUCUUCUUCUUACGACAGCACACAACAGCAGAUUGUCAUCCCCCGCAUCCUUCUUCCCAUCCCUACCACUAUGCCAUCCUCUCUUACUGGUUCAAGCAUGUCCACUCAUGUCAUCAUGUCGCAGGUCAAGAAGAAAGCAGUCCUCUUGUGCCUCUUUAUGGCUAUCCUGAGCAUCGCCAUCGGUGUUACCAUCUGGGCUGGCUUAAGAUACCGCGAAACAACAUUCUUCGUCCUCGUACUGGUUCUGCAGAUCAUCAUGUCCAUGCUUGUUGGCGCGCUCGCUGCUCUGUUCCACAGCGCUCUAGCUAAGAGACACGAAGACGUCGAACGCGAUGGUUCUUCUUCGAUCUCAGCAAGCUCUGGUAGCACGACCAACAUCACUGAGGCUGCACCAGAAGGCUUCAACUCGACCGUCAUCACCAAUAACUCUGAGCCUGGUACUUUCCGCAAUUUCUCAUUGUCCCGUGAGCACUGGCUGGAUCCUGUCGCUGUCAACACGACCAGACCUCUGUCCAGACCACCACGCUAUCUCGCCACAGCCAUUGACUCCAAGGUUGCCGUCAACCCUCUUCCCGCUUCGCUAGACAAGAACGGUGACGCUCAAAUGCCUCUACCCCGCUUCCAAAUGAUCAGCGAGUUCGUCGUCCAGCCGCUUGACAUCCACUUGACUCAGAAGCGAAAGUCACAAUUACUUCCCAAGACCAGCAUGGAAGAGCUCCAACUCGUUGCUGGAACCAGCGCCACCGUGAAGUUGCCCGUCAACAUCGCAAGCUACGACACGUCGAGGAUCACCUUCUUCCCCGUCCUGGAGGACGACAGCUUCCAGCAGAGCACCAAGGCAAGCUCAACCGUUGCCCAGUCCGACGUGGAGUCUAAAGCCGAGUCUGUCGAAGACAACUUUGCUGAGCCAAUGCAUCAGCGAGCCGAUGCAUGCAAUUCGCCUCGGAGUCCCGACCCCUUCGCCGCUCCAGCCAUCCAGGUCAAGGAGGCUACUCCAACGACUUCUCUGACAUGCGGCUCGCACUCGCCUAGCCCCACCAAAGUCUCUACCAUUCGUCUGGUAGACUCUUUUCUCGAACUGCCUCAGAAAGUCUAUUCAGAAUUGCCCAGUGAGGAUGGCAACGAGUCCUCGACUGCAUCUCCCACCCGCCAUCCAGGCCGCCAAGCUAGUGCAGACUCCAAUGAAGAUCUCGCCGAGCUGAUCAUCGAGGGGUCGGCCAACAACCCUGCCACCGUUGACGCCGCUCCCGGUAACGCUCUUCCGGCCAUCGAGACUCAGCAGCAAGUCCACUCCAGCCCUGUCGUUCUCGAGUCCAACAAAGCUCUCGACGCCCACACUACCGCCCGCUCUGAUUCCCCAACCAUUCGUCCGGUUAACACUUCUCUUGAGAUGCCUGUCAAGCACGGUGUUGACUCUCUUGGCAAGAGAUGGAAGGGACAGCCUGGAUUCCUCGGUCUUUGA